AUGUCCUCGUCGUCACCACCCGAAUCGCCACAACCUCUAAUCACCACCCAACAACUGACAUCCUCAGCAACAUCAUCACUUCUACCCACAUUUCCAUCCUUAUUGUUUCCAUUGUUUCAAUAUGCGCCAAUAUGGCCACCAAUUUUUGUCGCACCAUCGUCGCAAACUACACCCGCAACAACAGUGGCCACCACCACUAAGCCAAUACCGUACUCUAUCGAGAACAUUCUCUCAUCGACGACCUCCUCUUCUCUGAUAACGAAGCAUUCGCCGCAUUCGUUUUCAGAUGCAAUUGAUCGUUUCAAUUUCAAUGAAAAUGAUUACGGCGUCACUGCAUCAGGACUGGAAUUCGGUAAGCCAGCAAAAAAGAAAAAAGCUCGAACCACUUUCUCAGGCCGACAGAUAUUUGAACUCGAGAAGCAGUUUGAACUCAAGAAAUACCUUUCAUCCUCUGAACGAAGUGAACUGGCAAAACUACUAAAUGUCACAGAAACACAGGUUAAGAUUUGGUUUCAAAAUCGACGAACGAAAUGGAAAAAAAAUGAAGUCGAACAGAAGACUGAUCCAUCGAUUCUGCCACCUGCAACCUCACCACAAAGCGAUCACCAUAAUGUGACAACAAACGAACGAAACGAAAGUUGA